AUGUCACUCUAUUUCUGUAGAUCACCACCACCCAGCUUGUCAUCGUUGAUACUCAUGCCUAAACGAGCUUCAUCUUCCGUUCUAUCUUCCAAGGCGACAAAAAGGUCCAAAACUGGUGACCAAAAGACUAUACAUUCAUUUUUUUCAUCGUCUUCGCGAUCGGCCGUGGCCAAGCAAGAGAACCGCGAGCUCGACCUCAAAACAGUGAUCAUAGAUUUGUGCUUGGAGGAUGAAUGCGAGGGUAAACAAGAGUUCUCUGCAUCAGCCCUCGCCAAAGAGGUGCAAGAGGACGUUCUGUCAGCUGUUCCAAAAUCAACAUACCUUGCUGAAGGUCUUGCGCCACAAGAGACCGAGUCCAACCAGAUCAAAUAUAUAGAUCCAAACGCCAGUCCCUUGCUCUUUACACCUGAUCUUUCGUCUGAUCCUCUAGAGUUCCCCCUUUCACCUUGUCCGUGGGAUGCUAGAUUCCCCGCGCCCUAUGCGUUUCUCUCGUACGCUCUUGUUACUCUGUCAUCUACUCGCUCCCGGAUUUCCAUAACAAACACCUUGGUAAACACACUACGUUUACUCAUUCGGUAUGACGCACGUCAAUCUCUUUUGCCUGCUUUGUACCUGCUCAGCAACUCGGUCGCACCAAGCUACGAGGGUGUGGAGCUAAAGAUUGGGCCGAGCACCCUGAACAAGGCUAUACAGAGCGUGAGCGGAAUCUCUUCAGGGACGUUGAAGACCAUGUCCAACAAGCUAGGCAAGUUUUCAGACAUAGUGGUGCACUUUUCUCUCUCUCUAAUUAGACUUGAAAUAGGGGACCCAGGAGACGUCGCGUUCGAGGCCAAAUCUUCUGUACGCACUCUCCACCCAGCCCCGCCACUCCAGCUCGCAUCAGUUCAUGCCAACCUGCUCAAGAUAAGCGCUCUAAAGGGACAGACUUCGGCGAAACAAAAACAGUCAAUUGUCGAAAAGUUGUUAGUGGCUGCGAGAGGGGAGGAAGUACGGUAUUUGGUGCGGAUGUUGAGUUUGAACUUGAGUCGGGGCGGUCAAGGCGACUAUUCUGACCGCGCUGGGAAGGGCGUUGGCUUUGACGCCUCCGAGCGGAGAGGAACUGAACGUCCUUGGCGAGUCGAGGAUGCGGAGACGCUGGUAAAACAAGUUUACGUUCGGCAUCCUCAUUUUGGGCAUAUUGUCAAUGCAGCGCUCGAUUCAGGACUCGAGCAUCUAUCAGACAACGUUCAGCUCACUGUUGGAAUACCACUGCAUCCUACUCUCGGCUCCCCGACCCGCUCUCUGGAUGAAAUAUAUGAUCGGCUCGGGGAUUUGGCUUUUACAGCCGAGUUCAAAUACGACGGCCAACGAGUACAGGUUCACGCAUCUCGGAACGCCGAAAAAGUAUCCAUUCGCUUGUUCAGUCGUCACCUCGAAGAUAUGACUCAAAAGUAUCCGGAUAUCGUGCAAAUGACGCAAACACUCAUUUCCCAAUCAGAGGGGAAACUUGACUCGUUCAUCCUCGAUGCCGAAGUUGUAGCGGUAGAUCCACACACAGGCACGAUCAGAACGUUCCAAGAACUAUCCAAUCGGCCACGAAAAGGUGUUAGUUUAAAGGACGUCAAAGCUACCGUGUGCGUGUAUGCGUUUGAUUUGAUGUACCUGAACGGAGAGGUACUACUGGACAAGGCAUUUAGAGAGCGUCGAUGGUUGUUGCGAGAGCGAUUUCCUCCGCUCGUUCCUGAAGAUCCGUUUUGUUCUCGUCUUGCGCAUGCGGAGAGCGUGGAGAGCGAAGAUGGUCACGAAGCGGUCGAAGAGUUUUGGGAAAGGGCCGUGGCGAGUCAGUGUGAAGGUCUGAUGAUCAAGUUGUUGGAUAGUGGUGAAGUUUUCGAGACUACAGAGAAAACGGCGGUCCUAGCAAGAGGAGAAAGAAACCGCUUCCCGCGACCUACGAGCCUGUACCCCCGAGUUCCUGGCGGGAUUGUGGAGAAAGCAAGGAGGGAAGGGAGGCGGGCAGACGAAGGAGAUUUGGUUGAUGCGAGCUCGGAGGAAGAACUGGCAGAGGAAGACGAAUUAGAAUAA